AUGGAUCCAUACGGUAGUAGUGACUCAUCUCGAGUGUUUAGUUCGCCAUAUACUCGCUUGGGCAUACUGAUUCAAAGAAUAUUGGAUCGUGUCACUCCAUUCAUAGGAGUGCGAUGGCUGCUUAAUAUUGUUCUAUUAAUAUUAUUUCUAUUGCGUAUAUUUUUCCUUCAAGGCUUUUACAUAAUCGCCUAUGGCUUAGGAAUAUUUUUAUUAAAUCAACUCAUUUUAUUUUUGACCCCAAAACAAGAUCCAUCUUUACAAGAAUUGGACAAUGAUGAUGGCAAUAAUGUGCCAAUAUUGCCGACACGUGCAAACGAAGAAUUUCGUCCAUUUAUGAGACGAUUACCAGAGUUUAAAUUUUGGUAUACAUCAUUUAAAGCAUGCAUCAUCAGUUUAUUACUAACAUGUUUUACUAUAUUUGAUGUGCCAGUAUUUUGGCCGGUAUUAGUCAUGUAUUUUUUCACAUUAUUUUUUUUAACAAUGAGACAAAGAAUUGUUCAUAUGAUUCAAUAUCGUUAUGUACCAUUCUCGUAUGGAAAAGUACGUUAUCAAGGAAAAAAUGAUGUAACAACAUCAAUGGGAAAUGUGGCAAAUAGUGGAAUUAAAAUAUCAGCAAAAUGA